CGGGGUGGGACACAAAAGCUUUUCAGAAUUUGGUACUUGCAGGAUCCAACGUGACAGAAUCUUGGGUACUCGGAACAGCGCGGAGUCGUCGGCGCAACGUUUGUGAACUGGGGGUCCCUCUGGUCCUUCUGGUUCCCCUGUUACGCCACGUGAUGAAGGGCGAAGAUGCAUGGCAGACCGGCAGCGGUGGGAGUGAUACCCGAGCAUUCACAGAGGCCAGUGUUGCGCCGCCUGUGGACCUGAGCGGACAGCAGAUGCAGAUAGUUGCGUCAAGUAGCAGCAGCGGACAUCACCUCAAUUUCUUGUUAACCAAACACGAUGGGCGGCUCAGAGAACAUCAGUUACAUUAGCUCAGAGGACAUCCUUCUGCCAGGCCUCUGUGAUGAACCUCUGUGGAGUGCUAGCAGGGCGUGGCACACAGAGAACCCUCAAUUUGGGCGCUGCUUGGAGCGAACAGUGUUGCUAUGGGCACCUUGCCUUGUGCUGUGGGUGAGCGCUCCCUUCUACGCUCUGGCCCUCCAGCGGCGGCCCUAUGAUCCUGUCCCUUGGAGCGCCCUGGCCUACACCAAAGUGCUGGUGACGGCCGUGGUGAUGGCGGCGGCGGUGACGGAAGGCAUCUGGGCGGUGACGGGCGGCUACACUACCUCCCUCACCGCUGAUUUUCUGGCGCCUCUUCUGCUUGUAGCCACCUACGUGCUGUACUUGUUAAUGCUGAUGGCGGAGAGGAGGCGAGGGAAGCGCAGCAGCGGCGUCUUGUGGACCUACUGGCUGGUGACGGUGGUGGCCGGGGCGCUGCAGUUCUCUACUGCUGUCACCGCUGUCAUUCACCAGGACGGACGGCUGCCGCUCGUACUGGUGGUCACCGUCAUCGUGCAGUAUCUGGGCCACGUGGUGCUGUUCAUCGCCAGUUGCGUGAACGACGUGCCCUCCCGCCUGCAGGAACUCACCAAGACGCAGAAUCAGAAUCCGGAAAUUGAUGCGUCUUUCUUGAACCGACUAUUAUUCUUCUAUAACCUGCCACUCAUCUGGCGGGGCUGGCGGCGGCCCCUCGUCUACGAGGACCUUCCAGACGUUCUCCCCAGAAACUCGGCGGAGGCUGUGUACAGACGGUGGCGCAGCACCCUCGACAGCAGGAAGGAGGGACAACACUGGGAAGAGUUCAUGGUGGUGGGCAAGGCGGCGACGGCCACAUCGCAGAGCAAAACCAAGGUGUCCCUGGUGUGGCAAGUCUGGCGGCAGAAUCAGUCCACCAUGCUGAUGCUGCUCCUCUCCUGCCUCUUCUUCGAGAACAUCGUCUUCCUCAACCCUGUCCUGGUCGGUUGGCUGAUUGAGUUCAUGGGAGACGAGAGCGAACCAUGGUGGCAUGGAUACCUGUACGCUGUGCUCCUAGUGGCGGUGUGUGAGAUUCGCUCCUUAUUCAAGAACAUGUAUAUCAAAGAUAUGAUGACCAUCACUGUGAGGAUCCGGACGGCGCUCAUGGCUGCGGUGUAUAACAAGGCUAUCUACCUCUCCAGCUCCUCCCGCCGAAAGUUCACAGUGGGUGAGAUCGUGAACCUGAUGGCAGUGGAUGCACAGGUCAUCGGGGACACCUUCCUGGAGCUCAACAACUUCAUCAGCACCCCUUUGGUCAUCCUCUUCACCGUCAGCUUCAUCUGGGCAGAGCUUGGCCCCUCAGCACUGGCAGGACUAGCAGUGAUGAUGCUGCUGAUUCCCCUCAACAGCCGCAUUUUGAGCCACACCAAGGCUCUGCAGGCUCAGGCCAUGAAGGUGACAGACAGCCGGGUAAAGGCGCUCAGUGAGAUCAUCAACGGCAUCAAGGUGCUGAAGCUGUACGCGUGGGAAACAUCCUUCAGUGAGCAAGUGAAGAGCUUCAGGGAUGAAGAAGUCAAGCUCCUGAAGAGGCUGGCGAUGUACAGGUCACUCCAUGUUUUUUUCUUCAACACCACACCUUUCAUUGUCUCAUUGGCCACCUUCGCUACAUAUCUCCUUGUAUCCGAGGAGAACCAGCUGGAUGCCAAAAAGGCCUUCGUCUGCAUAACCCUCUUUGACAUCUUCAGAAUGCCGAUCAUAGUGCUGCCGGAACUCAUCUCUAAAUGUGUCCACUGUGCCGUGUCUAUGAGGAGGAUGGAAAGAUACCUCAAUGCUGAUGAACUUGAUCCGCUUGACGUCAUAAGUGAUCCACACCAGGGCAGUGCUGUGAUGGUGCAAGGUGGCUGCUUUUCAUGGGAGGGCGAUGAGGAGCAGGCGACUUGGAGACUGCAGGACAUUGAGCUGAAGGUUCAUCACGGACAGCUGGUGGCCUUGGUGGGCAUGGUGGGCUCAGGGAAAAGCUCCAUCCUCUCUGCUCUGCUCGGGGAGAUGAAGAAGGAUGCUGGAAAGGUGGUGGUCAAUGGGUGUGUGGCCUACGUUUCUCAACACCCAUGGCUGCAAAAUGCCACACUGCGAGACAACAUCACAUGGGGCCAAGCCUAUGACCCUAGGAGGUACCGGCAAGUGGUGCGGGCGUGUGCACUCCAGGCCGACAUUGACAUGCUGCCUGCAGGGGACCUCACCGAGAUAGGAGAAAAUGGGAUCAACAUGAGUGGGGGACAGAAGCAGAGGAUAUCACUGGCCCGAGCAGUCUACAGCAGUGCCAAUGUUUUCUUCCUUGACGAUCCACUGAGCGCCGUCGACUCACAUGUGGGCAGACACAUCUUUGACCAUGUGCUGGGACCCAAUGGACUGCUAAAGGACAAGGCACGUGUGUUGGUGACCCACGCAGUGACCUUCCUGCCACAGGUGGAUGAGGUAGUGGUGGUGGCAGAAGGAAGGGUGACAGAGCGGGGCACUUAUGCCUCACUGCUCGCUUCAGAGGGUUCCUUUGCUAAGUUCAUGGUGCAGCACAUCAAGGAACUGGAUGAAGAGGAGGCAGAUAUAGAGAUGGAGGCAUUGCAUGACCAGCUGGAAAGUGUGGACAGUAAUAUGAAACUUUAUCGGCAGCUUUCUGACACAAGGCAGUCACUGAAGAGCUCCCUGAGUUACCAGCCAUCAAGCCCAAGCACUCCUCACCUCAACAGCAGCAGGUGGUCAAUGGUCAGCAAGAACAGUGCCUCUGAAGGCAGGCCACAAUUGCAGUACCAGCUCAGCACUGACUCUUCUGUGUCUGGAUUCAUGCACAGCAUUAGGAAUGGAAGCAUCUCUUCCCUUCACAGCCAUGCAGCCAAGAGCCAGGAGGCUAAAAGUCUUAAAGGGAAUGACAACAUUCAGAAAUUAGUAAACAAUGAGGUCUCCGAGACUGGAAAUGUUUCCUUUCGUGUGUAUUUCAUCUACGUGCGGGCCAUGGGAGUGCUGUUCACCACUGUGUCUUUUGUCACCCUGGUAUUGUCUCAGGCAAGCUAUGCAGGAAGCCGUGUCUGGCUGGCUGAAUGGUCCUCUGAGCAGACCAAUGUUACAGACAACACAUCAGCAAGCAGAGACACCUUCCUUCUGGUCUAUGGCGUCUUUGCAUUAACACAGUCAAUUUUGCUAUUCCUGGCCAUCUUGAUAAUAGCACAUUGCACACUGAAGGCAGCCAACACCCUCCACUCUGGCCUCCUCAAGUCUGUGCUUCACCUCCCCAUGAGCUUCUUUGACACAAACCCCAGCGGCCGGAUCAUGAAUCGCUUCAGCAAAGAGAUUGACAAGGUGGACAAGAAGCUGCCGAUGGUGGUGCGCAGCUGUCAGACCACACUCAUACAGGUUGUGACCACACUGGGGGUGAUCAUCGCAACAACACCUGUGGUGGCUUCCAUGGUGGUGCCAAUCAUGCUUGUUUAUUUUGUAAUCCAACGAGUGUUUGUGGCCACUUCCAGGCAGAUCAUGCGCCUUGAGUCUGUCUCCAAGUCUCCUAUUUACUCUCACUUCAGUGAGACUAUAGCUGGUGUGUCUGUAAUACGGGCAUUCAAGAGGCAAGACGAGUUUUUCUCUCAGUCUCUGCAGAAGAUGGAAAACUCUCAGAAGAGCAUCUAUGCCUGUAUUACUGCCAACAGGUGGCUCAGUAUUCACCUGGAGACCAUAGGGAACCUUAUCACCUUUGCCGCUGCCCUGUUUGGUGUUGCUAACCGGCUCACCAUAAGUCCAGGAGCUGUUGGCCUCACCGUCAGCUAUGCCCUCAGUAUCACAAUGCUGCUCAACUGGCUGGUGCGUGUUGUGUCAGAUCUGGAGGCGAGCAUUGUUUCUGUGGAGAAGAUUGAUGAGUACAUGCAGUUGCCGCAGGAAGCAGCUUGGAGGGUUGACCGAAACACUCCACCCUCAGCUUGGCCAGACCAAGGCACCAUCAAGUUCCAAAACUAUGAAACACGCUACCGGCCUGGUCUCAGUCUUGUGCUGCAGGAUAUUACGUGCUCCAUCAGGCCGGCAGAGAAGGUUGGCAUUGUUGGAAGGACUGGUGCUGGCAAGUCCUCUUUGACAAUGGCACUCUUCCGCAUCAUUGAAGCCUCAGGAGGAGGAAUUGACAUUGACAACAUAACCAUUGGCGGGAUUGGCCUGCAUGAUCUCCGCAGUCAGAUCAGCAUCAUCCCUCAGGAUGCAGUCCUCUUCAGUGGGACACUCAGAAUGAACCUGGAUCCUCUCAAUCAACACUCUGAUGAUGAGCUGUGGCAUGCCCUGGAGCUGGCCCACCUCAGUGCCUACAUCCACAAGCAGGUGCUGGGACUACAACACCCAGUGGACCAGGGCGGCAGCAACUUCAGUGCGGGGCAGAAACAGCUGUUGUGCCUGGCCCGGGCUCUGCUGCGGAAGUCCAAGGUGCUGGUGCUGGACGAGGCCACAGCUGCUGUUGACCUGCAGACCGACGACCUCAUCCAGGCCACCAUCCGCUCACAGUUCACCGAGUGCACCGUCAUCACCAUCGCUCAUCGCCUGAACACCAUCAUGGACUCAGAUCGGGUGAUGGUGCUCCAGAGUGGAAGGAUAGCUGAGUAUGAUGCACCAUCAGUGUUGUUAAAGCAGCCAAAUUCACUUUUCUACAGUAUGGCCAGAGAAGCUGGCAUUGUGUGAUUCAGCAGUCUUUCACCAAGUGGCACCUUACUGUCAUCACUUGUAGAUGAUGACAUCCAUCAUGCUGAAAUUAGAUAUUCAUUGCAAGUCUGUAUAUCUUUCCUUAAUUCUUACAACUGCAAAUGAGUCAUGUUCUUGAAGACUCGUAUGUACAAACUUUAGAAGUUCUGCUUUUGUUUUCUGAAAACUGCUGUGGAACAGCUGACUCAUGUAUCUUGCAAUAUAUAUUUACAUGUUAGAGUUUAUUUAUCCUGGUACUCAGUGCAAAGUUUUUAUAUUAUUAUUAUUAUUAUUAUUAUGUUAUUCAGUUCCAUGGUUUUAGCCACAGAACUGUUAGACAUACUGUAGGUACAUACAGCAGGAUAAUAAGAGGCAUUCAUCUGAAUCACGGUGUGAAGUCAGAUAUUUGGUGGUGAGUUGUGAAAACUUGUUGGUAAUUUUAGAAGUCCAUAUUAUAAUAAAUGUCUUCUAGUU